AAUAAAAAUAAGUAAACGAAUAAGAAAACAAAUAAUCAACAAUUGUGCUAUAAGAAAUGGUCUUCUUAUGGUUUGGUCUAUCAUACUUUGUGUUUCCUCUUCCAAAUUACGAAUUCAGAGCUGAUCAACUCUCUCCCAGGACAAACCGUGAAUGUUAGCUUCAAGCAGUACUCGGGCUACAUAGUAUCGGACGAUUAUUAUGGAAGAUCCCUUUUCUAUUAUUUUGUGGAAGGCCAAUCAAAACGUCCGCAAGCACUCCCGCUUACGCUUUGGCUUGGAGGAGGCCGCCGGCAAAAGAUGGGAAGCUGAUAAAAAAUGAAUUCUCUUGGAACUUAGAGUCAAACAUGCUAUACGUGGACUCCCCGAUUGGAACCGGUUUUUCAUUCUCUAAUACAAAGUCAGACUAUACCAAAUGGAAUGAUACCAUGACAGUAAAUGAAAAUAUGAAGUUUAUCCUCAAGUGGUUUGAGAAAUUUCCUAAAUACCGAAACUCAGAUUUUUACUUGGCAGGAGAUGGCUCCCCAGGGCACUUAAUACCGCGACUUGCUUCAUUAGUGCUUGAAUACAAUAAAAACAAUGCUUGGGAACCCGGGUAGUGGCAUUCCGGGUACAGAUUCAGCUGGCUAUCUAUGGUACCACGGAGUCAUAUCUCAAGAGUUGCACACUAUGCUAAAGACGGUUUGUAGCUAUGAAAAACUAUUCUACGAGGGGCAUCAUGGUAAUUAUACCAAAGAUUGUCAGAUAGUGUCACAUGUGAUGGAUGAGGAGAUGGGGGAGGACUUUGAUAUGGAUGAUUUGAUUUCCCCAAAAUGUGCACCCUCAAGUUUGGUAAGACAUGUAAAUACAUGUUUUAAUAUUUUUUCGAGAAAAUGUUUGGUGUACAUUUUUUAUACAAUUAUCUUUUAUACAAACACAUUUGUCUAACAAGCAAUCUUAUUCUCUUACUCUCAAAAAAAAAAUGUCUGUGUACACACAACUUUGUGUGCGUGAGACAGACAAGUGUAUGAAAGAUUUACACAAAAUAAUGUACACCUGGCACAACUCAUUCCUUCAUCCCACUCAAUAUUGCACACUUCAAUUUGAAUGUUGAAUAAGAAAAAUAAAAACUGUGUGAUUGAGAUUUGUACAUAAAAGAAUGAAAUAGGAGAAUUACGAAUUCAUUAAUUUAAAAGAAAAGUGACAAAAUUUUUAUGACAAACAAAAAUGAAAAGUUAACAAAGUUUGUUAGAGUCCAUUUUGUGUUUGUGUAUUUCUUGUUUCAUUGAUCCAUAAAUAGGUGGAAUCUCCCACCCCAGGGCCCCCCCACCUUGACCCGACAGGAUGGUGGGAAGGUUAGUCAUGGUGACUCAGUCAGCAGAAUGGCAGUAGACCCAUACACCCGUGCGCACAAGAGGUCCAACCUUAUUUCAGGUUCUGUGACCUCCACCCGAUCACUGAAGGGAUUCGAACCUUGGUCCAUUGAUCCAAAUCUCCCACCACUCGACCAACUGAGCUACCCGUGCGGGUAUAUUACGAGCGGGUUCAUUAGAAUCCUGGACGACUAUGACAAUUCAUCAUGGCAGGCGGCGGCGGAACCCAGGGCAGCGACGCACAUGCUGAUCGACGGAAGAUAAAUGAUUCGAGUUCUCCCUAUUUUAUCCCGAAUUCAGACUUUCCAGGUCAGAAUGUUUGUGGAGUGGUUCUGAAGGGAAAAACAAUUAUCGAGAAUGGGCUACGGCGAUGAAGAACGCCUUUCGGGCAAAACUAAAGGUGGAAUUUCUGUUGGAAAAUGAGUUAAUACAUUGCAUUAAAUGGUCAUUUUGGGGAAAUUAUUUGAGUGAGGUCCACUACCGAUUUGGGUCGGGUCAAAGUGGUUUCGGAUUGUCCUUGUUAAGGGCUACAAUUCGAUAUAUGGUACACUCAAAACGGAUAACGGGUGAAUGAGAAAUUGAUUCUCGAAGUUCACUCGUUGAAAUGGAGAAAACUAGGAAAAUGAUGGGUUUCUAGUGGGAUUUAUCCCACAUCAGAAAACCCAAUGGAUUUUCACCCCUUUAUAAAGGGAACCCACCUUGAAGGAGUUACGAUUCCUACAGGGAAAAGCUCUCUUCGCGCGCAGGGGGGUGCUGAUCAAAUCCCGAAAACGGAGAAGAAAAACCGCGACUCGUGUGCGCGGGCGACCUGCGGACACGAAUGUCGUCCGAAAAUCUAUUAUUCAAAGAUAUGAUUUAAUUUUUGCUUCUUCUCGUUACGGUUUCAGUUUUCCGCACCAGAAGACCUGAGCGUUUCUAGUGGCUUCCGAACAGAAGACCACAUGGGGUGUUAUGGUGCCUUCCAAACAGAAUACCAGAGAGCACCUCUGGUGUGGUGUUCUGGUGCCUUCCCAACAGAAGACCAGAGAGCACCUCUGGUGGGGUGUUCUGGUCACAAAGAGAGCAUCUCUGGUGGGGGUACUCUGGUCAUGCACCAGAACUGCUCCAAGUCGUUACAGAAGUUAAUGCCCAACGUUCUUAUCUUUUAAUGGACAGUUUUUUUGACAUAUUAAUGCCCAACGUGCUGGAAAUUUAUGUACAACGUUCAGGUCCAUUAAAUCUCGGUUAACACACCACAAAUUCUCCUAUGAAUAGCUGGCAGAUGGUUUGCAACAAGACACAACGCACAAUACAUUCCUCAUGAAUUUCAAUUUUUAAGCUAAAAAUACCUCCAGCUACUCUGAAAAUUUCCUGAGUGUUCUCCUUUUUUCCCGUUCGCCGGAACUCUCGUUUGUGUGCUCAAACGUUAGUUCCUUAGCCACCGUAUCCUGGGAAACGGUCAUUGCAACGCUCCUGACAAUGUGGAAGGCGACGAAUACGUUUUAAGGACAUCGUGCGUUGCACGAGCUCUGGCUAAAAUCUGCUCCAUCUAUUUUCUGUUUUCUUUUGGCUAUUUUAUUUAUUAAUUAAUUUUAUUUAAUUAAUAUUUCUUCGUUUUUCCGAGACACACCCUACAAUUUCUUGAUGGUACUAUUGAACAAUCUUUGGAUAACGUGAAUGAUCUUGAAGAUUGGAUGAGUGUGAACUCCAUGUUGGUGGGUUGGGUCAUGACCUCGGUUGAUCCACCACUUAGAUGCAAUCUCACCUACAUGGACAAUGUACACGAUUUAUGGAAGGAUUUGAAGGCAAGGUUCGCUUUGGGAGAUGCCAUGCGAACGCAUGAAUUAAACGAAUUAAUCGGUUCGUGUCGGCAGAAUGGACAGCCUGUCAUGACAUAUUAUGGACGUUUGAAGGCUGAUUGCAUUGGUUUUUGAGUGUUUAUAUUUAUACUUUUAAUUAGUUUUUACGGUGUGUUGUUGUGGUAAUUGCACAUUUAUGCUGCAAUCAUUUUAUUUUUCUAGUUUGUUGUAAUUUAGUAAAUUUAGAAUCAUCUUGAGCAAGAAUCAAUCAAGUAUCAACAAAGGAUCAUGAAAGGGAUCCUACAAGAACAAAGAAAGGUGCAAGGGAGCAAGAAAUCACGCUAACAAUGUGAUUUGGUAACUUACCCGGUCGGGUAUGAGUUAAAAACGGAAGCUGCUGGGAAAUUGGGCACAUACCCAUAGGGUAUGGCUUCCCUAAUACCCUAAGGGAUAUGGCGGAUACCAUCCACCGCUUGGCGAACGGGCAGGAGGCGGAGCCGGGGUAUUCUGCUGGCACCGAGGACCGAUGAGAAGAUGGUUGAAUGAAAGCCAUGGGAAGCCAUACGUCUCCAAGAUGAUGUCCUUUUCUUCAUCGUGAUCAUUGGCCUCGCGUAACGUAAGGCCAAAGGGCUGCACGGAGGACGGUGAGAAGAUGGUUGAAGGAAAUCCAUGGGAAGCCAUACGUCUCCAAGAUGAUGUUCUAUUCUUCAUCUUGAUCAUCGGCCUUGCGCAGCGUAAGGCCAAAGGGUGGCACAGAGGAUUGAUGAGAAGAUGGUUGAACGAAAGCAACGGGGAGCCAUACGUAUCCAAGAUGAUGUUCUGUUCUUCAUCUUUGAUCAUCGGCCUCGCGCAGCAUGAUGCACACUAAUUAGUAGUGCAUAAUUGCAUGUUUUUAUGUUUGAUUUAUGUUGAUUGUUUGACAUUUUAUUUAGUUUGUAAACAUUUAUGUAAUUUCAGUUGUAAUUGUAUUUUAUUCUUUAUUUAUAAGUUGUAAAGUAUAGUUAGGAUUAGUGGUGUUGGAAAGGAAGACUUUGAAGAGAAGAAAACAAGAAAUUUGACUGCCCAGGAGUGAAACCCGACCGGGUAGAAACCCCCACCCGGUCGGGUAUGAUUUAACUGACGAAAUUGCCAAGAAAGUCACUGGACCCGGUCGGGUCCCCUACUUGACCCGGUCGGGUCAGAUGUGACCCGGGACAAAAUGACGUGCGAAGAUCACCAGAACGUGGCGAAUUAUCUGAUUUUGACCGGACCCGGUCGGGUAGUACUUGACCCGGUCGAGUACCCGGCCAAAGGUGUUGAAAAACACCUAUAAAUAGCACACUUUUUCUUCACAAAAAAAUAAUCCCUUCUUCCAUACUCUUUAGCUCAGUUUAGAAUAGCAUUUCUUUAUAUUUUUCUAGCUAUGUUUAGCCUCCAAAUGAGGAGCUAAACUUCCAUUCUUGGUGUUGCUCUUGAAGCUUGUUGAUUAUUAAAGUUGUGAGUUAUUUUCUUAACUUCUUUCCUAGAAUAUUAAUUAAUAGUUCUUUCCUUAAUACCAUUUCUAUAUUAAUGUUGGGGAGUGUUGCUAAGAUGACAAUUAGUUAACAUCUCGACAUUAGUUAGAAUGGUAUUUUCUUCCUCUAUAUUAAUAUUGGGGAGUGUUGCUAAGAUGACAAUUAGUUAACAUCUUGAUAUUAAUUAUAGUAGGAUUCAUCUUCUUUAAUAAUAUUCUUCCUUGAAUAUUAAUUAAUCCCUACUCAUAUUUCAUAUUAAUAAUUUGAACAUCACUUAAAACAUCAACUAGUUUUGUUUCAUAUAUUAAUUAUUACUAGAAACGAUCAACGAACCGAUUGUUAAUCGUUGAUGGUUUCACAAGUAAGUAACUUCGGUUUAUUAAUGCACGGUCGUGGUUAAUAAACUUAAGAGGGAUUAAUUUUGUUGGUUAAACCGAAACCGCUUGUGUUGAGGUUAUCAAUCUCAAUUGAUUUCAUCAAGGAGUUAGAAAGAUUAAAUGCUACUAUUAAAUCGGUAUAAGGCGUUGUUCUAUAUUUGAUUAAUAGUAAGGGUUAUUAAUGAACGGUCGUUGUUAAUAACUACCCUCGAUGAAGUGGAUAUACUCCCCGAUUGAGUGUUCGAGAGGGAAUAAGUUAUAGAUAUAACAAUGAUCGACUAAAAUAUAUCAACAAGUGGAAAGUAGCAAUGCCAAGUCCUUUUUAUCUUUGAAUUAAAUCUCAUAUAGGUUGUUCAUCUUAGUUCUUAAUUAAAUUAAAUCACUCAAUCCAAAUCCCCCUUUUAUUUACUAAGUAUCAUAAAAAGAAAAAUUUUCCUUUCCCUGUGGAUACGAACUCUACUACGCUAUACUACGUAUAAGUGUUUAGUAUUGAAUUUAUUUUGACGCACCGUGACAAAGUGCUCGUCAAAUUUGGCGCCGUUGCCGGGGAUGGGCAAUUAUUUUUCUUUUUAUUUUAUCUCAUAAAAAUCAAAAAAAUAAAAAAAAAUUAUAUAAAGAAAAAUCUUACUUUUCUAUUUUCUGAGCUUGCAUGAGUAAAUGGAUACCAACACAUCAUCCCUAGAGAGUCAAAUUUCCGACUUGACUUCUCUAAUAAAGGAGUUUAUCUCAUGUUCAAAAUAUCAAGAUAUCCAUUCAUGCAACAUUUGCAUGUCACAAAGGCAUCUUACAGACUUUUGCCCAGAGCUUCGAGAAGAAUUCUUUGAACAAAGGAAUGGUGUUGGUUUCCAAGAGAGGUAUGAUUCAUUCUCCAACACAUAUAGCUCAUACUCAUAUUCUUAUUCCAGCAUGUCCACUGAAGACAUGAUCCGAGUUCUCACUUUCAAUGUGACAAAUAUGCAACAAAAUAUGUCACAAUGCUCGCAAGAAGCAGUGUCCAACAAACAGAACUUGGACAAUCAGUUGAAACAAAUGCCAAAGCAUUGUGAACCACAUGGGCGAGGAGGAGGAAGAAGAGGAGCUUACGGAGAAAGCUCAACCGGAGGAGAAACCCGAAAACUCAACUCAACCACCGGCCAUUCCUAAGAUUCAAAGGUUUUUUAUGGUGACAAUUAACCUCCACCACAAGGUCGCAACAAAGUCCAGGCACUAGUAACACGUUUUUUAAAAUUAAUUGUUCACUCAACUCAACUCAACCAACAAAGUCCAGGCACUAGUAACACGUUAAGACACAUGAGUUCCUGAUGGGACUGGAUCAUGAUGCCUUCGGGACAUUACGGUCAAACAUACUAGGCCUGGACGAGUUACCAUCACUCACCAAAAUUUACCAUAUGAUAAUACAGGAGGAACGACAUCAAAAUAUGGCUUGUGGACGUGAAGACAAAACAGAAACUAUGGCGUUGACAGCAAAGGCAGCUAAUGAUGGAGGAUGAAAAGACGAGAGACCAAAGUGCACGUAUUGUAACAAGACCGGACAUGGAGUUGAAAAUUGUUUCCGGCGAACGGGAAAAUUUCCCGAGUGGUGGUACGAAAACCCCAACCGUGGGCGAGGCGGUCGGGGACGUGGAGGGACUGGCCGUGGACGUGGACGUAUAGCAGCACACGCCAUGCAUGUGGGCAGUGACCGGGAGGGACCAACAGCUGUCCGUGAAGGGACUGACAUUCAUAGACCGGGAUUUACCGAUGAUCAGUGGCAAAAGUUGCUUAAAAUGAUUGAGACUUGUAAGCCGUCCUCCUCAGAGGAAAAACUCACAGGUAUGGGAGUUGAUAAUAACUGGCUUUUGGACUCAGGUGCGUCGCACCAUAUGACAGGUACAUCUGGACGAUUGAAGAAGAUCAGCAAAAUUUCACCUAUUAUGGUGACACUGCUGAACGGGGAUAAGGUUCAAGCAAGCCAUGUUGGUGAAGCGACGUUGAGUGAACAAUUAAUUUUAAAAAACGUGUUACUAGUGCCUGGACUUUGUUGCGACCUUAUCUCUUUGGCACAGUUAAUUGAUGCCCGAAAAUGUGAUAUAUUGUUUACUAAUGAUUUAUGUGUGAUACAUGACCUAUUUACGAGGAUGCCGAUUGGAGUGGGUGAUCAUCGUGGGGGAGUUUAUUAUUUUAGGAGUUUGGACUGAGCUCAAGCAAAUGCGGUAAAGGAUUACGAUUCAGGUGACUUGUGGCACUCUCGUUUGGGGCAUCCAUCUUUUAAAGUUUUGCGUUUAGUUUGUGGCGUUAAUAAUCACCAAGAUAAUUUGUUCGGAAUAUGUUCAUGUGAAACUUGUUUUCAUGGGAAACAGACUCGAGAUAAUUUUGCUAUUAGUUGUGCUCGAGCUUUAGAACCUUUUGAGUUAAUACAUUGUGAUGUUUGGGGGUCCCUAUAGGACUUUGGCUUCUUGUGGUGCACGAUAUUUUUUAACGAUUGUUGAUGAUUUUUCGCGAGCUGUAUGGAUUCAUUUAAUGCGGGAUAAAAGUGAGGUGAAAAAUAUUCUUGAAUUUUUUUUGCAAUGACAAUUCGACAAUUUGAUAAACCCGUUAAAGUGGUUCGAAGUGAUAACGGCAAAGAGUUUGUGGGAAUGAGAGAAUAUUUUUGAGUCAAAGGAUAUUGUUUCAAAGUUCAUGUGUCUACACACCACAACAGAAUGGUAGGGUUGAAAGGAAGCAUAGACACAUACUGGAAGUUGCAAGAACUUUACGUUUUCAUGCCAAUUUACCAAUUCACUUUUGGGGGGAAUGUGUGCUGACAGCAGGGUAUUUAAUUAACCGACUACCAUCCCCGGUCAUAGAGAAUAAAAGUCCUUAUGAGCUUUUAUACCAUAAACCACCAAUUUACACUCACUUGAGGGUAUUUGGGUUUUUAUAUUAUGCACAUUCCAAGGAUAUUAAGGGUGAUAAAUUUGCAUCCAGAGGGAAUAAAUGUAUUUUUCUGGGAUAUUCUUACACUCAAAAGGGAUGGAAAGUUUAUGACCUUGAAAAUAAUAGGCAUUUUGUCUCUCGAGAUGUAAAAUUUGUUGAAGAUGCCUUUCCAUUUAAAACGGGCUUUGAGAGUGAUGGACAUGAGAGCAAAUUGGAGGAUAAUUCACAACAGCAGGCAACCUUGCCUGCCACGGUUUCGGAGGACACAUAUAUUGACAUAAUACCAAGUGGUGCAUGGAAAAUUCCACCUUCUGAUGUGGAUGGGCAGAACUAGGAUCAAAAUUCAAGUGAUCCGGGUGGCAGACGAGUUGGACCAAGAACACAAGAUGGGAACAUUGAUACAUGGCAGCAGUCAGUUGUUGACUCAGCAACCGAAAACGAUCGUCUAGUGGUACCCAGACGUGGACUUCGAACUCGAACAACACCAUCUUGGCACAAGGAUUAUGAUGUCCAGCUGAACACCUUAACAAUAAACUCUCCCCCCGACUUUGACACACUUUCGAUGGUUGACUCAGGUAAUCCGUAUUACAUAUCUCAUUAUGUAAAUUAUAAUCCAUUUUCGGUAGCGCAUCGAGCCUUUCUUGCAGCAAUUUCAGUGCAUAAGGAGCCCGAGAAUUUCAAAGAAGCAGUCUGUGACCCUUUAUGGAAAGCAGCAAUGCAGCGGGAAAUUGAUGCCUUGGAGCAAACCGGUACAUGGGCAGUCCAAGAUUUACCAAAAGGGAAGAAGGCAAUAUUUUGCAAGUGGGUCUACAAGAUCAAAUAUAAGAAUGAUGGCUCGGUGGAACGAAAUAAGGCAAGAUUGGUCGUGUGUGGGAAUCGACAAGUGCAAGGGGUUGAUUAUGGCGAGACAUUUGCACCGGUGGCUAAAAUGGUCACUGUUCGUACUAUUUUAGCGGUUGCAGCUCAUCGGCAUUGGGAGCUACAUCAUAUGGACGUGGACAAUGCUUUCUUGCAUGGGGACUUACAUGAAGAGGUCUACAUAAAUGCACCUGCCCCCUGGGUAUACGGCUGCCUCCCCAGGGAAGGUUCGUCGUUUACUACACUCUCUUUAUGGAUUGAGACAGGCCCCUCGAUGUUGGUUUUCCAAAUUGACCACUUCGUUGUGUGCUUAUGGAUUCGUACAGUCUAAUGCUGAUUACUCUCUUUUCACUCUGAGACGGGAUGAUCGUAUUUUGUGUGUACUCAUUUAUGUGGAUGAUCUCCUGAUAACCAGAAACGAUCGCGACAUGAUUACGGCUUUUAAGAGGCAUCUGUCUAAAUCCUUUCCUGUCAAGGAUUUAGGUAUUCUGAAUUUUUUCUUGGGCAUCGAGGUGGUGCGUAAUCCUACAGGCAUAUUUUUGUGUCAACAAAAAUAUGUCCUCGACAUUCUGGCUGAGACUCGUAUGACAGGUGCCAAAUCGGUAUAUUUUCCUAUGAUUUCGAAUCAUGGCUUGCAGUCGGCAGAUGGCCCACUCUUCUCAGAUCCAGAAUGGUAUAGACGGUUGGUGGGCAAGCUCAUUUAUCUUACUCUCACUCGACCUCACAUCUGUUACUCAGUUGAUCUCUUGUCACAAUUUAUGCACUCUCCGAGAGUGGAACAUUGGGAUGCCGUGGUUCGUAUUUUAAGCAGGGUAGUGAAAACGCCAUUGGUUAUCCUUGCCUUUCUGAAAAUACAUUUGCCUAUUUAAAUAAGCAAGAUGUUCAAAAAGCUUUUCACGUGAAGAGGACUCCUUUACCAUAUCAUUGGGAUACUUGUCAUGGGCCAGUGAAGUUUAAGGAGGACGCAUAUACUACUAAAAACUUUCAUACACUAGCAACACUUUUAAAGAGGCAUAUUCCAAUCAUGUUUUACAGUGGAGAUCAAGAUGCAUCCAUUCCUGUUGUAGAGACCAGGACAUUCGCACGCAUGCUAGUUAAACACUUGAAGCUCGACUAUUUGCAGAAGAAUAGACCAUGGCACAAUGGCCUUCAGGUUGGAGGGUGGAGGGAAACAUUUGGGAAAUUGAGAGAAAAAAACAAUGUCACAUAUUUGACAUUUGCAUCGGUGAAGGGUGGAUCACAUUUUGUUCCUACCACAUCUCCAUCACAAGCUCUGACACUUUAAAUCUUUUCUAAAGGAAUAUUCACAAUAAGUUUUCAAACGGUGUCUUGUGUAAAUAUUUACACACUUCUAGUGCUUGUACAAAUAAAGUACUUACAUUAUGUAAAAUCUAAUAUGGUAAAUGUAAAUUAAUGUAGCAGAAUCUUUUCACUU